AUGUCCAAUAAUAUACCAUUACAAGAUGAAGAUAGAUGGGGUUGGUUGGAACAAAUAUCUUUGCAAUCAGCACAAGCAGCAUCUGAAGUUGAAUCACAAGUAUCAGUUGUAUCAUGUUCAUCAUUGAAAAAAGUAUAUAGAGAUUUGAUUAGAUCUAAAUCAUCAGAUACAAAAUUUAUUUUCAUCUUUUUAUAUGCCACAAAGGAAGAAUUGAUAAGAAGAACUGAAUUAAGACCUUCACAUUAUAUGAAAUCAUCAAUGGUGGAAAGUCAAUUUGCAAUUUUAGAAUUACCAAAACCUGAAGAAGAAUCUAAUACAACAAUUAUUGAUGCUACGAAAACUUCAAUUGGAGACGUUACAGCACAAACUUAUGCAUACACACAAAAGUUUAUUUAA